AAUAGAAUAAUGGAAAAUAGUCGAGAUAAAAGUAAACAAAAUAACUUAAAUGAUUCAGAAAUCGAUGAUGAGAUUGAACCCAGAUUGAAAUAUGUAAGGAUGCGAAAUGAUCUUGUUAAUAUUUUACAAAAAGAUGCUGCCAGCUGUAUAGCUGUUCAUCCCAAGUUUUUGUGUUUGGGUUCUCACUGGGGCACGAUUCACAUUCUUGAUCAUCAAGGUAAUAGUAUUGAGUCCAAAAGUCUUCAGGCACAUACAGUAGCUGUCAACCAAAUAUCCAUUGAUCAAAAUGGAGAUUUUAUUGCUUCAUGUAGUAACGAUGGAAGAGUUUUUAUAUAUGGAUUAUACAGCACUGAAAAUAAUCAUAAUAUGAGUACAGGACAUUGGGUAAAAACUAUAGCAAUUGAUCCAAAAUAUCAUAAAAGUGGAAGUGGUAGAAGAUUUAUUAUAGGAGAAGAUAAAUUAGUUUUAUAUGAGAAAACUUUUUUAUCAAGAAUGAAGCCAACCAUUUUAUGGGAAGCAGAAGGAGGCGUAUAUGCUGUAGCAUGGGCAGGACAAUUUAUAGCAUGGGCAUUUGAUUCUAGUGUAAGAAUAUAUGAUUUAAAUGCUAAAUGUUCAUUAGGACUUAUUAAAUGGGCAGGAACAGUUGAUGCUACUCCUGAACAUUAUCGAUGUAAUCUUAGAUGGUCGGAUGAUAGAACAUUAUUAAUUGGAUGGGUAGAUACAGUAAGAAUUUGUCAAAUAAAGAAACGUUGUAAUCGAGAAUUAGUAAAUCGUGAAUUACCAGAAUUUAUUGUUGAACCAGUAUCUACAUUUCAAGUGGAUUUUUAUAUAUCUGGUAUUGCACCUCUAGAAAAUCAAUUGAUUUUAUUAGGCUGUUUAAAAGAAUUAACUGAAAAUGGUAAAAGUUUGCGACCUACUUUACAUGUUAUUGAACCAAAAUAUCAAGAUUUUAAUACUCUUUGUGCAAAUUCUCUGUCCUUAAGAGGGUAUGAAGAAUAUACUUGUAAUGAUUACCAUUUAGAUUGUUUAAUUGAAGAAAACAGAUUUUUUAUAGUGAGUCCUAAAGACAUUGUUAUUGCUAGUUUAUAUGAUGCAGAUGAUAAAAUAGAAUGGCUACUGAAUCAUAAAAAAUUUGAAAAAGCUCUAGAAGCCGUAAUGCUUAAUGGUGGUAAAGAUUGUAAACAUUCUUUAACAGAUGUAGGUCGUGUUUAUUUAGAUUAUUUGCUGAAUUGUGAAAAAUAUGAUAAAGCAGGAAAACUGUGUUUAAAAAUAUUGGGUCAAAACAAAAAACUUUGGGAAGAUGAAGUUUAUAAGUUCGCUAAAGUUCAUCAAUUACGUACUAUUUCGGCAUAUCUUCCUAGAGGUGAUGUAACACUAGAUCCACAUAUAUAUGAAAUGGUUUUAUAUGAAUAUUUAAAAUUAGAUCCUGAUGGUUUCUUACAACUAGUAAAAGAAUGGUCACCUAAAUUAUACACAGUGACUGCUGUUGUAAAUAUGGUUUUAGGGCAUUUUCAAGUCCAUAAUAAUGAAUUGCACAAUGUACUUCUUGAAGCAUUAGCUAUAUUAUAUAGUCAUGAUGGAAAAUAUGAUAAAGCUUUAGCCAUGUAUUUAAAACUGAGGCACAAGGAUGUAUUUUUAUUAAUUCAAAAACAUCAACUUUAUAAUUCAUUUUAUGAUAUGAUUGAAGGUUUAAUGGAUUUAGAUGCUGAUAGAGCUAUACAAUUUUUUUUGGAAAAAGACAAGGUGCCAUCCGAAAUUGUUGUUCAAAAAUUACAAAAUAACCAUAGAUAUUUAUAUAUGUAUUUAGAUGCUUUAGAUAAAAAAGAUACAAAAGACUCUAAGGGAAAAUAUCAUGGUUUACUCGUGCGUUUAUAUGCAGAUUAUUCUAGAGAUAAGCUCUUACCACUUUUAAGACGCUCAGAUAAUUAUCCAAUUCAGCAAGCCUUAGAUAUUUGUAGUCAGAAACAGUUUUAUUCAGAAAUGGUCUACUUACUUGGUAGAAUGGGAAAUACAUCACAAGCAUUACAGCUAAUGACAAGAGAACUUAACGAUAUGGAAAGUGCUAUUAAAUUUUGUCAAGAGCAUGAUGAUGAAGAGUUAUGGAAUGAUUUAAUUAAUUAUUCUUUAAACAAAUCCGAUGCUAUUACUUUUCUUCUUCAAAAAAUUGGAACGUAUGUAGAUCCCCAACUAAUUGUUCAAAGAAUAAAGCCUUCUUUAGAAAUUCCUGGAUUAAAAAAGGCAUUGGUAAAAAUGAUGUGUGACUAUAAUCUUCAAAUAUCAGUCCAAGAAGGUUGUAAAAAAAUUUUAUCUAGCGACUAUUUCAACUUACAUGAAAGAUUAGUUAAAUGUCAUCAAAAAGGAAUUUUUAUUGAUGAUGAUCAAAUGUGUGGAGCUUGUCAUAGAAAAAUAAUUGUUAGAGAAUCAAGAAAUCUAGUUAUUUUUUAUUGCAAACAUGCAUUUCAUGAAGAGUGUUUACCAAAUUUUCAAAUUGUAGAGAAUUGUGUUAUAUGUAAUCCACAAAAGGAUAUACUACCAGAUAGAAAAUGAUCUAAAAAGUAU